AUGCAAAGGAUCAGCAACUUGCCGCCCAACGGUCACAACGGCCAGGUGAUAGAACGUGCUGGCGUUGGCAACAUUGGUGCCAAGGAUAUUCUCAUACAGCCAAUCGAGGGCAUGAACCCAGAAACCUCGUUCCAAGAUCUCUACGCCGUCAACAUCACCUCGGCCCCGUACAAUACGCAGAAGGGCGGCUGGGACCAUGACGGCCGCGUCCAAAUGAUCGGUCGCAACUUUUUGAACUUUGACCCGCACGGCUCGCACAUGAUCUCAGAGGACGUUGCGAGAACGACGCUCGCUGCCUUUAACGCUGCCUUUUACACGCCCCAUGGCAAAGCACGAGCGUGGAAACGCGAGGAACUGGAGCCGCCGUCCUUGGAAAACGACCAGCCGCGAUUUUUCGACCUGUUCAUGGGAAACCCAAAGUAG